UCAAAGAUAGGCGGCAAAUUGUGCAAAAAAGUGUGAAAAACAUUGAAAAUCACCAUUAAAUGCAAGUAAAGCCAAAUGGAGACACGACUUGAGGUGCGUUUGCGAGAGCCCAAUCCGCUGUUCACCCGCUGGCUGGAGCGUUGGCUGCGCGAGGCCGAGCGACGACAACAGAGGUCUCAGCACAAGUUGCGGCAGGCUCUGGAGGCACUGAAGAGCUACCCGCUGCCGCUGUACAGUGGUCGCGACUGUGCCGUGCUACGGGGCUUCGGCGGCACCUUGUGCCAGCUCAUUGACGAGGAGCUCCGUCAGCACCGAGGCGCCACAGCCGAGACACAGCCGGCGGCGGCAGCCACAGCCCAGUACGAGCAGCAGGUGCAACAGGUGGUCAAGGCGGUGCAGGAGAAGCAGCUGCAGAAGGCGAAGAAGUGCCCCGCCAAGAAGCCGACAAAGAAAGCCCAGCUGGAGCAGGCAGCGGCCGAGGAGCGAGAGCGUGUGGUGGAGAUGCUGCCGGGCAGCUUCGAGGUGCUGCUCCUGGUGGACACCCAGGAGACGAGUGGCAAGAACAAGCGCGUGCUCGACCAGACACGCAGUUACCUGCAGUCCCUUGGCGCCGAGCACGAGGUGCGUCGCCUCACCGUCGGCGACUUCCUAUGGAUAGCCCGCGACGCGGACGGCAGCGAGCUCGUCCUGCCCUACAUCGUGGAGCGCAAGCGCAUGGACGACCUGGCCUCGAGUAUACGCGACGGUCGCUUCCACGAGCAGAAGCACCGACUGCGGCAGUGCGGCCUGCCACACGUGAUUUACCUGAUCGAGGACUACGGCGACAACGAGCAGCUGGGCCUGCCGCUGGACUCGCUGCUGCAGGCGCUGGCCAACGCGCGCCUCCAGUCGGGCAUCCAGGUGGUGCGAACGGAGAACCACUACCGCAGCAUGUGCUACCUGGCGGGCAUGGGCCGAGCGCUGCAUCAACUCUUUCUCAGCAAGAGUCUGCACAGCGUGGAUCGAGCCGCAUUGGGCGUGCCCAGCGCCAGCUGUCUGACCGAUCGCCGUAUGGGUCUGCUCAAGUUCCGGGCCCUGUACGAGGACUCGGCCAAGAAUGCACAGCUGACGGUGCGCGAGGUGUUUGUCCAGCAGCUGCUGCAGCUGCAUUCGCUCUCAAUGGACCGAGCGCUGGCCAUUGUGGAGCGCUAUCCCACGCCGCGACUACUGCUGGACGCCUACGCGUCGUGCGGGCAGCCGGAGCAAGCACGUCGCCUGCUGGCGGGCCUCACAUGCGGUGCCCUGGAGCGGCCGCUGGGCGAGAAGCUGAGCCAGUGCCUGUACGACUUCUACGGGAGCGAGUUUAGGUAGGAUUAGCAAUUGAUUUAAUGGGACAUAUCUAAGGUUAUAUACACGAGUUUAUACACAUAAGUGAGGGGGGAAUAGUACGAGAGUACGACUUGGACUAGCACCCAAUAAUGGCCAACAAAAUAGACAUUAAACACGUUAAAUAAGAGUU